ACGGUCUUGAUGGUACAGAAGGAACUGACGGUAACGUUCUGUCCUCACUUACUCAUAGUCACAACGCAUACCCUACUCCGAGUCGAAGGUGUUCGUUCCUCGUCAAAACAGGGCGUAUCAACGAGCUUCCAAAUCCGGGUAUUGAAUAGCUCCGAAUCCGAGAAGCUUGGAGCCUGUAUAUCUCUCUCGCAUUCUCAUUCAUCUGCGUCGCUCCCUUCCCCAUCUCAUGUAUGCUGACGAUUUCGGGCCGAGAGCCAAGAGACCAGAACCUUAUACGGCAUUCAACGCUUCGGAGCCGUUGUGGGGCUCGGCGCUUUCGUGGGUCGAUGUUGCUUAGUGUACGACCCGAGGAAGCACCAAUGGACGUGCACUCGACAAGCACCCUCCUACGCCUGGCCAAACAAUCCACGGUGGAUUUACGUGCUGGGUCGUACUCUCUACCUGUCACGAGCUCCUGAUCUGCCUUAGUCAGGUUCGCCGCUCUCCGAGAUGAAUCUCGACCACGUCGAUCUCGUGGAUUGCCAAACUGUUUAAAGGGCAUUGUAACGAGAUCGUGCACCAUCGACAAUUCAUACACCCUCCCGUCCUCUCACGCCAGCCAUGUCAAUCCCAGCCCAGCAGAAAGCUCUGGUUCUCGAAUCCAAGUUCGGGAAGUUCGCCUUGCAAACGACGGACGUCCCGCGCCCCGGUCCCGGUGACCUGCUGGUGAAGAUCGAGGCCGCAGCCCUCAACCCGGCGGACUGGAAGAUACAGACAUACGGCAUACUCGUCAAUGAGUACCCUGUAGUCCUAGGUGCCGAUGGGUCUGGCAUCGUGAUCGCGGUUGGCGAGAAGAUCUCCCCCGAGGCAUUCGCCGUCGGGGAUCGCGUCACCUUCCAAGGCGAUAUUGACUUAGAGAAGCAGAUGCUACGUGGUACUUAUAGUCAGUACCUCACCAUCCCCCACGAGGCCGUUGCAAAGUUUCCGGACAACUUGUCUUUCGACGAAGCAGCCACUGUUUCGAGCGGUGUUGCGACGGCCGCCUUGCCGCUGUACAACCAUGUCGAAGGAGCAGAUUCGGUCAAGCUCUUCCCUCCUUGGAAGGAGGGCGGAAGGGGAAAGUACGCAGGAAAGUCGUUCCUUGUCGUCGGGGGGGCCACAUCUAUGGGACAGUUCGCUAUUCAGUUUGCUCGCCUGUCUGGUUUCUCCCCCAUCGUGGCAACCGCCUCCCGCCACCAUACCGCGUUCCUCAAAACUCUGGGAGCGACACACGUCGUGGACCGCAAGCUCUCCACCGGAGAGCUCCAGGCCGAGUUCGCCAAGAUCGCGAGCGGGCAGUUUGAAGUGGUGUAUGAUGCCGUUUCCCUCGCGGACACCUUCCCUCUCUCCCUGGCUGCCACUGCCCCCGGCGGCCACCUCGUGGUCGUCCUUUCUGCCGCGGAGAUCGCCGAAGAGGCUGAAAAGCAAGGGAAGAAUGUGCACCAUGCGCGUGGUUGGUUCGUAGCUCCGAUCAACCGAGAGGUGUCUGGGCCGCUGCUCGCGAGCCUUCCGAAGUUGCUUGAGACCGGCGACAUCAAGCCGAACAGAGUCGAGGUCCUCCCUGGCGGACUGAACGGGGUCGUUAGUGGUUUGGAGCGGCUGAAGGCUAACCAAGUUAGUGGGGUGAAGCUCGUCGUUCACCCGCAAGAGACAGCCUGAAUAGUGUGAGACGGAGGGAUACUUCUAUUCCCAUGGCUCCUCAGCCUGAGCAAAGUGUCGAUUGGACCGUGUAUUAACCUGGAGUUUGUCUUGGUUCAUUUCGAAUCACGGCCCGGAUUCGAUAGAAAUGUCAACAUCUCAGACG